AUGGCGACAGUGGAGGAGUUAUUAUUAAAGGCGACGGAGAAAUAUCCCAGUACUAUCGUUGAGAAGCAGCUGGAACUAUCGUAUGAUGUUGGAAACCUUGCAGCCGUUGAUCCGAAUCCAAUCGAAUUAAAGGAUUUCAGGCAAUGCGUUCGCUUUCAAAUCUGCAUUGUAAAGUCCUGUGGAACGUCACGGUCUUCUGUUGUUGACAAAACUUCCAGAGCCGACCCAGAUGUGUUCUUGCGGAAUAUCGCCCGCGAUAACAUCCAACUCUUGGUUAAUAAAAUCUGGGAGUACCCGACCGAGACGGAUGAAAACGAGUUGGUGCUCUUGAAGCUUCCUGAAGGAACCUCCAUCAUCCCAAGAUUCCAACCCAUUCCGAAGCCGAAAGCUCCUACGAAAUGGGAGAAAUAUGCCAAAGAAAAGGGUAUUCAGAAGAGAAAGAAGGCCAAGUUGGUGUGGGACGAGGAGUUGAAGAAAUGGCUUCCCAGAUUUGGUUACAAGAAGGUUGCUGCCGAUAAAGAGAAAAACUGGGUUAGGGAAAUUCCAGUCAAUGUGGAUCCAUUGCAAGACCAGUUCUCUAAAGCCAAGGAGAACAAGAAAGAACGCAUUGCGAAGAACGAGCUUCAACGUUUGCGGAACAUCGCGAAAGCAAACAAGAUCGAUCUUCCUUCAGUUGGUGUCACUCCGGUUCCUGAUCUGAGCAGCAACGAACGCCGGGAUCUCUCUAGUAAGUCGAUUCCGGUUGUGCGAACAGCCAAUGCAUCUGUAGGCGUUUUUACCAAGGAUUUACCGAAGGAAAAAAAACGAAAGGGUGGUCCUGGAAAGAAACGGAAGUUCGAACCGAUGUUCCUUGAUUCGGAAACGGAGAAGAAGCGAUGUUUAGAUAUUUUGGAAAAGGUCAAGAACAAGAAACCCGUGAUUGAUGUCAAUGUUGCCGUGAACCAAGAAGCUACCGCCGAACACCUUCAGAAUGCUGCCGAAAAACGAGCUGGACGAAGGAAGAAAGGCAGCAAGAAAACUAGCCAAGGAGCCCCGAAGCACGUUAACAUGAAGAAAGCGGUUUUGACGGCGAUGUCAAUUGUCGCCGCAAUAUCCAGGAAUGGGAUUCUUCGCGUGUCUAGACCAAUCCCUGGUGUUCAUGCCCUAAAAGGUGUUCUUCAUCCGAGUUGUGUUGGUGCGAAGAAGUUUUCAACCGACAGUUGGAUUCAAUGGCAAAGUGGAGUUUUUCGAAGUUUGUCAGAAUCUACUUUGGUCACGGAGUGUCAAAGUGCACUCAUUGGACUUCAUCAAGUUACCGGUUUACCGUGGUGGGCGACGAUUGUUGUGUCAACUCUUGCUAUUCGAAUGGUUGCGACGUUUCCUUUGAAAGUUUAUCAGACUCGUGUCUUGGCUCGGUAUGAAAACCUUGGUCCCGAAAUCCAAUCCCUUAGCGAAGAACUCCGGAAAGAAACCGCCGUAGCUAUCAAGAAAUUUGGAUGGGACAAAAAGCACGCCUUCAAAGUUUUCAAUAAAUCCCUCAUGUUGAUUUCGACACGAUUCUCUUCGCAGUUGAAAACGCAGAUUUACAAGUUGGUUGUGCGGGAUAAUUGCCACCCGAUGAAGGGCACCGUGUUGGUGUGGGUACAGAUUCCCUUGUGGGUUUCAGUCUCUGUUGCUUGGAGGAACCUGGCUUUUGGGAUGCCCGUGGGGUCUUUGGAAGCCAAGGCCAAUAUGGUCUCCCUCAGCCAUGGAGGUGCCAUGUGGUUCCCAAAUCUUGUGGAUGUGGAUCACUCCUUCUUUCUGCCGGUGGCAUUUGGACUGAUCAAUUUGAUCAUCCUCGAGGUGGAAACGGGUGGUCGGAAAUCAGUGACUCCCUUGCAAAAACUCGGCAAGGGUGUCGGUCGAAUUAUGGCUAUCGUCAUGGUUCCUGUUGCUGCCAUGAUGCCAUCCUGCGUUACUUUGUAUUGGGCGACAUCUAGUCUAGCGGCUUUGAUGCAAAAUGUUGUGAUAAAAUAUCCGCAAGUGAGGAGGGCGCUGGGUGUACCGAAGACGCCGUCAGAAAGCGAAACUCCGUUCAAAGACGUUUGGAAUGGUUUGAUGAAACCGUUCAAUCCGCAAAAUUUGGAUCGCGCAAAAAGCGGGGAUGCCUUUGAUCAGGAUUACGUAGGUGUUCGGUGCUUUCGUGCUGCGGUUCGCGGUCACGAAGUUGUCGCUGUAGAGCUUCAAACGGGAACCAUAUCCCAGAGUUAG